AUGAAGAUUCUGCCGGCUGAUUUGAGCAGUUUCCCUUUGCGGAACCACUCGAUCACUGAAUGCGAAGAAGAGGAAGACGAAGACGAGUUUGACGAAGAAGACGAAAACGACAACGAUGAAGAUAAAGAGGGAACUGACACCGAAGAAGGAGAGCCAGACGUCGAAGACACCUCGAAUGAACCGAGCGGAGACACUCCCGAGGAACCACCCGACAAGUCACCUUCGCCUCCAGAACUCCCGCUACCUUCCGAAAAAUUAGCCACAAGUGAUCCAGAUAAAACCUUAACUCCGGGUUUGGGCGAACGACGGGCUCUGGGUAUAAUGUCUUCCGAGAUUCAGAGUCCAGCUGAAAAACUUAAGUUUUUCGGGUCGAAUUACCUUCCUGACGACGAUGAUUCGGAUGAUGACUCACUAAUCUCUUCGACGGAAACUCCUGGACUACCAACGAUUGAGCUCCCAGAAACUUCUCCAGGUUUCUUUGACAAUCUAGGCGAGGACUCUUCAUUAGAAAAUGAAAUUUUUGAAACCCUUAAAAUGAAGAAGCAAGUGUCAUCAGCGUCUAUAGAUUCAAGUAACCCAAGCUCCACUACAAAAACUCCUCUUGAUAUCGAUUCUGCUUCUUCUCCAAGUGUUACAGCUACGUCACCGAACGUCACCGCUACACAACAUCAGCCAUUAAGGAACACAGACUCGUAUGGAGCUAACACCGACGACGUUUUUGCCGAGAAGAAACUAAGCGCGACAACAAGCAAGACUUCUGUUUCGAAACUCAGUCCCGAUGCGUCGCCUCCGACACUCGGUCGCUCAAUUUCACCCCGGAUGCGUUCGGCAUAUCCGGAACUCCCGCGAGUACCUCCCGAGAUCAUUAAACCUCUUGCCGACGUUACAGUAUCUUCCGGAUGCCUGGUUACCUUGUAA